AUGUGCUUUGGUGGCGCUGGAGGUGUCAUGCUGGGCUCGGUACUUGCCUACAAAGUGGAACUCCAGGCCUCGGACCUAGCAGGGUACGUGGUCAACACCACGUAUCCUAACAUGACGAUCGUCAGGUGUGCCGCGGUGGCCUCACGUCAAGAAAAUUCUACGUUUUGUCUGACGACUUCGCGAGAUUGCAUCGUAACCAACGCCUCCAUCACGCCCUACUACAACAACAGCGACGGCAACGGCUACCACCGCUGCUACACUACCUCCAAGCCGCUCUUCGAUAAAGCUGCUGCGCUGCUGGACUGCUCAAUGAACGGCAACUGUUGCCCCCAACCCUUUCUCAACGUGACGAACGUGGGCUGCGUGUACAGCCCCAGCUUCUGGUGGUUCCCCGUCCUGUCGCAUGGCCUCGCCCGCAAAAUGUGCCAGAGCAUGUGGCCCACUGGGGACCUCUACAUCAAGCCCACCAACUACCCCGCCCUCGUAUCCUACCUCCAGUCCAAGGGUCAGUCGGACGUGUGGGUGGGGGCUACCCGCAUCGGUACCACAAACGCUUUCCAGUGGAGUGACGGCAGCACAGUGGUAGCUUCGGACUACGGAGUUUUCCAAACGCUUAUUCCUUACAUGCCACCAAUCCUGUUCCCGCAGCCCGACAAGCAAGGUUUUCCUCCACGCCCCUUUGGCACGGCCGACUGUCUCCUCGUGUACACAAACCAAAAUGUAAACAAACUCGGCGACGAGUUUUGUGACAUGUUGAAGCCUUACCUUUGCCAAAUACCCUAGGUACUCUCGUAGAACUGGAAGAAUUCAUUUCCAUUGACGAAAGGCAUAGCAGUUUUACAGACUCUGACAUUCAUACGUCACGAGUAUGUUUGAAUAAUGUUUCCAAAGUCUGUAAAGCUUACACGUCGCAUUUUUUAAUCCGUCGAGAAAUAUCAAUUAUUCAUCCGCUUAAUUCAGAAACUGAGUAGUAAUGGUAAAAUCAUUUAUAAUAAUAUAUUUGGAAAGAAACAUUUAACAAAUUUCA